UGUGUGGAAAGUUUGAGAUCGCACCUGCUGUAGUCCUAUUGUGUUGAUAGGCAAAUUGCAGGUGAUAGGCAGACCUGCUGGUGCAGUCACAGCCAUGAAGCAGAUGCAUCACUGCAAGCAGCUCCUUGACCAGUUGCAGCGGCAGCGUCUGGACGGCUUCCUGUGUGACUGCACGGUCGUGAUUGGUCAGUUACAGUUCAAGGCUCACCGGAACGUUCUCGCUGCUUUCAGCAGCUAUUUCCAAGCUGUUUACGAGCUGUCAUUGGUAAAUGAUGUGGUGUUUCUGGAUCAUAACCAUAUCAGCUCAGAAGGGUUUCAGAAGCUGCUGGAUUUUGUUUACACUGGCAAUAUUCAUGUUGAUGGGUCUAACGCUGCUGUCAUCCAUGCGGCUGCCGCCUACCUGCAGAUGGAGGAUGUGGUGAGCAUAUGCAAAGCAAAGCUGGAAUCGAUUGUGAUUAACUCGAAUAGUGACAUAAAAGCAUUAUCUGAUGCACAGGGGAAUACGGAGCCAAGUUGCUGUUUAAGCUCUGCUGGGACAAAGAUGGACAUUGAACAGCAGGGACCAGAGACAGUGCUCAGCUGUGGAGAAGUGACACUUCCUGCUUCAGAUCCUGACUCUGAGCACAAAAUAGAGGAAUUACAGUUACAGUCUAAAAGUAUGGACAGAUUGUCAGGGAACGCCGAUACAAAGAAACCGAAGACUAGCACAAGCUUUGUUCUGCAGGUUAACAAUGUCAGUGCCAGCAGUGAGAGAAAGUUUAGAAGAAUAAAACAAACAAGUGGCUGCACUCAAAGGAAAAUAGAGAGGAGAAUAAAUGAGAGUGCACCACAGUUAGAUACAACCACCCCUCUUCACACUUCAGACUCUGUGUCUCAGUCGGUCUUGUGUAACGAUGAUCAAAAUAUUUCACCUGAAAGUGAAACUGUUCAGAAAACAAAUGGGAAGCAAAAUCGGAGGUGCUUGCAGCGAAAUGACACAUUAUUGAGAGAGGCAAGAGAAGUGAUUGCUGGGGCCUUGACCAAUAUCUUCGUGUCCACUCUAGCCACAGGCGAGGUCCCGGAAGACUGGCGAGUAGCUAAUGUUGUUCCAUUGUUCAAGAAGGGAACUAGAGAUAAUCCUGGAAACUAUAGACCGAGGAAAUCAAAGUUACUGGCUGCCGAUGGCUGUGCUGAAUCUCCAGACGACAGAGAAGGCAAUGGGAAGCAGUUGAAAAUGAAGCCGAUGUGUAACAUGUGUGGGAAAAUGUUUUCUGAAGCCAGCAGCCUGCGGCGACAUAUGAGGAUUCACAAAGGACUGAAGCCAUACGUGUGUCAGCUCUGUGCAAAAGCAUUCACUCAGUGUAACCAGCUGAAAACUCACGUCCGCACACAUACAGGUGAGAAGCCCUAUCAGUGUGACACGUGUGAUAAAAGCUUUGCUCAGAAAUGUCAGCUGGUCUUCCACAAUCGCAUGCAUCACGGAGAGAAAAAGCCAUACUCCUGUGACGUUUGCAACUUGCAGUUUGCAACUUCAAGUAAUCUGAAAAUCCAUGCCAGGAAGCACAGUGGGGAGAAGCCAUAUAUCUGUGACUGGUGUGGACAGCGGUUUGCUCAGGCCAGUACACUCACAUACCAUGUCCGCCGGCACACAGGAGAGAAACCCUACGUCUGUGAUACAUGUGGGAAGGCGUUUGCUGUCUCCAGUUCCCUCAUUACACAUGCACGUAAACACACAGGUGAAAAGCCAUACAGCUGUCACUUGUGUAAUAAAAGCUUCAUUUCUUCAGGAGAGCUGAGUAAACACACCCGAUCACAUACAGGUGAGAAACCUUUCGUCUGUGAAUUAUGUGGAAACUCGUACUCUGAUGUGAAGAAUUUAAAGAAACACAACAAUAAAGCUCAUGCUAUGAAGAGGACAGACAGGAGUGACGAAGGAAUGGAUGUCGAGCAGGAAUCUCAGGAAGAUCCUGAUUUGAAUGUACCGCUCAGUGUGUCAGAGAGAGCAGAACAUCAGCCAAUGCUGCUCCCCAUCAGUGAUGGGCCAUCCUUAUCCACAGAGCAUUUGUUGCGACCCACAACCUACCCAGAGACACAACUCAUCUUCUUGCAGCAGCUGUACUGACAAGGGUUAGAGCUUCCUGCUGACAGGGCAAAUGAGAGACAAAAGAGUAAAGAGCACAGAAGAUUGGUGGUGAAGCAAAGCAGAAAUUGUAGGGUAGGAGGUGGUUGGUGUGAAAGGAAGGAAGGGACUUUUUGGGGCACAGGGAGAAAGACGUGUCAGAACAAUGGAGCUCAGAACAGCAGAGAUAAAAAGGGAUUCAGGGCAAGGGGGAGAGAGAGAGUGGGGGGUUCAGGGCAAGGGGACAAGAGAAGGUGGGUCCGGCGAUGAUGAGAGAAAGAAGGUCCAGGGCAAUGGGACGAGAGAGAGAGGGUCCGGGGCGAUGGGACGAGAGAGAGAGGUCUGGGGCAAUGGGACACCAGAGAGAGGGUCCGGAGCGAGGGGGCGAGAGAGGGAGAGGGCCCAGGGCGAUGGGAUGAGAGAGAGAGGGUCCGAGCAAGGGGGCGAUAGAGAGGGACGGUCCAGGGUGAGAGAGGGGCUGGGGCUUUGGGACUAGAGAGAGGGUCCAAGUUGAGGGGACGAGAGAAAAAGAGAAGGGGUUUGGGGUGAGGAA